AUGGACAGAAGGAUACGCAUACUAGCUGCAUGCACCGUGCAGUACUUCCAUGAGAACAAGAUGUACCCUGGGAUACUCAGUAGACUUGGGAGCGUGCUGGCCUCUAAGCUACUUAUACACCAUAAUAUACGGCAAGACACCAGGACAGGCGAAAUAAUAAACAAAAAGAUACUUCCCCUAUUGGGCUGGAGGGAAGGCACCAGGGCCACCUCAAAAGCGACAAAGCGUGAGAUCAUACGAUUGCAGGAGAAGUGGACUGCAAGUACGCCAGAGAUGAAUAUUCCCUUGCUCCCAGAAGUAGUUCAAAGGGUCUUCUGGGCACGCGAAAAAGAAGUGCGCCUGGAGGUGCAGCAAGACAUGAAGAAGAGAAUUGUAAUUGUCAUAAUAGAAUAA